AUGGCUCGAAGGACGCAAAGGACCAACCCACCCGAGGAUGUGACCGAUCAUCGUUUUUUACAAUUUCCGCAAACGCUGAACGAUGCUACCUGGGCGCGUUAUGUCACCAACUUGAGCUUGCUUCUCACCAAAGAGAUUGAUAUAGCACCAUCAUUCGAUUGGGAAUUGGCUACCAGGACUGGACUAGCUGCAUUGAUCCAGGAAUUUUUGCAAUACACACACUCGGACGCGAGUGGUGUGGAUUUGUUCGUGUGUCAGGGAUGGGCACGUUUGUUCAGGAUCCAGGAGCCUGUUUAUCGGGAGUUUUUGCUGGAGUUCUACGCUACAGUUUCCUAUGAUCCUAGGAAGGCACCCGAUGACAGGACAACUUUUGCCUUCAGACUGGGUGGAGUGAGCCGGGAAUGCAGCGUGAUAGAGCUUGCGACUCGAGUGGGUAUUUACACAACCGAUGAGACGAGGAGUGUCCACUUCCCGACAUUCCUUGCUGAUUGUCUUACGGAGCGGCCAGAUGACUAUAACGAGAACACUUUUUGGGCCGAGAUUACAGGGGCAGUUUAUACACCAUCUACCGUACGAGGGGGGAUGAUUCGGUUUAGAAGGGCCAAGAAAAAGAGGAGGAGGGCUAUAGAUGAGCCUACUAACCAGUCAACAAACCUAUCUAGGAAAUUCUUGACUGUUACUUGUUCCAAGUGUCAUAAUAGAGGACAUAAUUCUAGAACAUGUAAGGGACAAGGGGGGUUAAGUCAGAGAGUAGUAGGUGGAUCAAGUCAAGGUGGUGUGGUUCGAUCAAGUAAAGAUGCAGUUGGUGGAACAAUUCAAGGUUCAGUGGGUGGAUCAAGUGAAGCUUUAGUGGGUGGGUUGAUAGCAAAGAAGAUGGACAAGGGAAAAAAGCCUCAAGUGCAGAAAGUGGGACCUAAGUGAAGUUGGAUACACAUGAAAGCAUGACUAAUCAAGUUAUUUGGAUACCUUUUGUUUAAGCUUAUAAAAUUUUAUUGAUG